AUGCACUCACUUACAACCAGCCUGAUAAAGAUAACACACUCACUUACAACCAGCCUGAUAAAGAAAACACACUCACGACCAAAAACAUACUCACUUACAACCAGCCUGAUAAAGAAAAUGCACUCACUUACAACCAGCCUGAUAAAGAAAACACACUCACUUACAACCAGCCUGAUAAAGAAAAUGCACUCACUUACAACCAGCCUGAUAAAGAAAAAAGACUCACUUACAACCAGCCUGAAAAAGAAAACACACUCACUUACAACCAGCCUGAUAAAGAUAACACACUCACUUACAACCAGCCUGAUAAAGAAAACACACUCACGACCACCUGAAAAAGAAAACACACUCACUUACAACCAGCCUGAUAAAGAAAACACACUCACUUACAACCAGCCUGAAAAAGAAAACACACUCACUUACAACCAGCCUGAUAAAGAAAACACACUCACUUACAACCAGCCUGAGAAAGAAAACACAUUCACUUACAACCAGCCUGAUAAAGAAAACACACUCACUUACAACCAGCCUGAUAUAGAAAAUGCACUCACUUACAACCAGCCUGAUAAAGAAAACACACUCACUUACAACCAGCCUGAUAAAGAAAACACACUCACUUACAACCAGCCUGAUAAAGAUAACGCACUCACUUACAACCAGCCUGAUAAAGAAAACACACUCACGACCAGCCUGAUAAAGAAAACACACUCACUUAUAACCAGCCUGAUUAAUAAAACACUCACUUACAACCAGCCUGAAAAAGAAAACACACUCACUUACAACCAGCCUGAAAAAGAAAACACACUCACUUACAACCACCUGAUAAAGAAAACGCAAUCACUUACAACCAGCCUGAUAAAGAAAACACUCUCACUUACAACCAGCCUGAUAAAGAAAACACACUCACUUACAACCAGGCUGAUAAAGAAAACACACUCACGUACAACCAGCCUGAUAAAGAAAACACACUCACGACCAGCCUGA